UACCAAUGCCGAAGGUCGGGUUUAAGUAUAUAAACUGGGGUGAACGCUAUGGAAGGCACAUUGUUCAGUUUGCACACUAAACAAGAACCAACCAACCAUGAACGCCUUGAUUAUCGCCGCCCUCGCCACCCUCUCCGUCGCCACCGCCGCUCCCUCCCUCGGUCUAGGACUAGGACUUGGAUUGGGCCAUGGAGCCCUCCUGGCCGGCCCAGUAGGCCAUGGCGCUCUGGUAGCAGGACCAGUAGGUCUUGGAGCUAGCGUUGUAGGACCAGUCGCUGGACCCGCUGCCGUAAUCGGCCCUAAAACUGGCCCUGCCGCCGUCAUCGGACCCGUCGCUGGCCCAGCUGCCGUCGUAGGACCCGUCGCUGGCCCAGCUGCCGUCGUCGGACCCGUUGCUGGACCCGCAGCUGUCGUCGGACCCGUUAACCAUGGCGCCGUCAUCACCCCAGCUAUUGCUCACGGAGCUGUCGUCGCUGGACCAGCCCUUGGUUUGGGACUUGGUUUGGGCCAUGCCGGUGUCUUGGGUCAUGCCGGUCUCUUGGGUCAUGGAAUAUUUGUCGUUGUCGUUCUCGAGCUAGACUCUGUAAGGGCAGACCCGCUAUCAGAACCUCUGAUGUUCAUUUCGGUUGUUGUUGGUUCUACUGCCGCUACAGACAGAGUCACCACUGAAGAUGCCGGCAGUGAAGAACGGCGAAACAUCUUCGUCGCCCUUGCUACCCUCGCCGUUGCCUCCGCCGCCCCCUCACUGGGCCACGGCGCCAUCAUCGCAGGACCAGCAGGAAUCGUCAGCGGAGCGGUCUCGCACGGCGCAGUCCUCGCAGGACACGGUGUUCAUGGAGCCGUAAUUGCUGGACCCGCCGCCCACGGCGCUGUCAUCGCUGGACCCGCCGCCCAUGGCGCCGUUAUCGCCGGACCAUCCGCUCAUGGAGCUGUCAUCGCUGGACCAUCCGCCCAUGGAGCUGUUAUCGCACCAGCUGUUGCCCACGGAGCCGUCAUCGCUGGACCCGCUCUUGGUUGGGGUGUUGGACACGCCGGUCUUGGACUUGGACUAGCUGGAUUAGGCCAUAUUCAUCAUGGUUGAUCAACGGGGAUGUAAUAAACUUCGUUGUAAACGUUUCAGUAAUUUAUUAACUUACACAGAAUAAGGUGGAUGCUCUUUUUGUUAAUGCAUUACUGGAAAUUUUUAUUUGGCCUGUCACUAUAACGAAACUGCCUUGAAAAACGGUCUAUAGAUUUUUGUUUGUAUAUUUUGUACUAUACCAUAUUUAUUACAGAACUGAUUAAAUAAAUGAUGGAUAUACAAA